AUGGCCUCUGAAGAUACCUCCUCCAUCCCCACCCCGGCUCACUGCACUGCGGAUUUUUGCUUGAUUCCGAUUGGAACAGGCUCUGCCUCUGUAUCAGCUCAAGUCGCCGAAGUGCAACGCCUCAUUGCGAAAUCCGGCGUCAAGUACACCAUGCACUCGGCCGGGACGACCCUCGAGGGAUCCUGGGAUCGAGUCCACCAGGUAAUCGGACAAGCGCAUACUAUCCUCCACCAACAGGGAAUUGUUAGAAUUCAGACUGAUAUUCGGACUGGAUCGAGAACGGACAAGUUGCAAACAUGUGAGGAUAAGGUGAACAAGGUACGAGAGCUGUUGAAGGAAUAA